CUUUGUUUCUCAUUCGCAACACCAACCCCAAGCACAGGCAUCUUUCUGCCUUGUUCUCAUAACUCAACCAUCUUCCUCGCCAUCAGCUCGAGGAUACCUUUCUCUUCUCUUCCUUUUCUUCAGACCUUUACUGGUUCUGCCCUGAUCUUGACGAUCGUUUCCAAUUCCCUCUGUUCUUCUCGCGCGGAAUACCCUUACGGAGCUUGACUCUUCAAUCAUCACCAAAUCCUCAAUCAAUCAAUCCCCUCAUCAAAAAUGUCGGCCGAAGAAGAUCUCAUCGAUUACUCUGACGAUGAGCUACAAACAACCGAAGCUCCCGCCGCAGGAGCGACUAAUGGCGCCGCGAAGAAGGGCGACCUGACCGUUUCAGGCGGCAAAGGUACCGACAAGGCCAAAGGCAGCUACGUCGGCAUUCAUUCCACUGGAUUCAGAGACUUCCUCCUCAAAGGAGAACUACUACGGGCCAUCACCGACAGCGGUUUCGAGCAUCCAUCGGAGGGUUAGUCAUUCAUUCCUGCAAGCAAAUCUCCAUCCACCUUCGUACCUGCUUCGAGCGUCCGUCCAUCUCCAGUCCAAGAAAAGAUACAAGAAGUUUAGACCAAGCGCGAAUCUCAAAGACUUGUGCAUGCGAGGGCAGCAAGAGUUUUGCCUUCAGGCCACGCCGAUAGUCGAUUGGUCGUGCGCAGUCAGCCUGCGUAUCAACAGUUUGAACGCUCGUUGCCCGCAGGUUCGGGCAACGUCGACAGUACAUCGCUGAAAAGUGGUGCAAUUGUGCAGCAACCUCCACGACGCGCUGAAAAUGCCGUCUUUGGUUGAAGCUCUCUUUCGCGAGGAAAUGCCAGCUUUCGAUGUAACAUUCGAAAGCUAUUUGGCUGAUUUUCCUUGGUGUUGGUCUAAGCAGAAGAGAUGAUUCAUUAGUCGAUGGCGCCCAGAAAUGGGUCCGACAUAUCAGGCGACUUAUUGGGAGAUGGACGGACCGCCUUGCGAUGCUACUUCUGCUCACAUCGUUUCUGCGAACAAAAUCUAACCUUCUUUUCGCCCACCUACAGUCCAACAAAAGUGUAUCCCCCAGGCUCUUUUGAGCGUCGACAUUCUCUGUCAAGCGAAGUCGGGUCUUGGUAAAACUGCCGUCUUUGUCUUGACUACUUUGCAUCAACUGGAGCCCGUCCCCGGCGAGGCUUCCGUCCUGGUCAUGUGCCACACCCGCGAACUGGCAUACCAGAUCCGCAACGAAUACAAACGUUUCAGCAAAUAUCUCCCCGAAGUAAAGACCGAAGUGUUCUACGGUGGUACACCAAUCCAGCAAAACAUCGACAAACUGAGUAACAAGGCCGACUUCCCCAACAUUAUUGUUGCCACCCCUGGUCGCCUCAACGCCCUUGUACGUGACAAGCACUUGUCGUUGCGCAAUGUCAAGGCGUUCGUUCUCGACGAAUGUGACAAGAUGCUGGACGCAAUUGACAUGCGUCGUGAUGUCCAAGAGAUUUUCCGCGCAACACCCACGGAGAAACAAGUCAUGAUGUUCAGCGCCACCCUACCCGAGGCGAUUCGUCCCAUCUGCCGAAAGUUCAUGAGAAACCCUCUUGAAGUCUUUGUCGAUGACGAGACCAAACUCACCCUGCACGGUCUUCAGCAAUACUCCAUUAAAUUGGGCGAGGGCGAGAAGAAUCGAAAACUCAAUGAGUUGUUGGACAGCCUUGAGUUCAACCAAGUCAUUAUUUUCGUCAAGACCGCCGCCCGAGCCCAAGAGUUGGACAAAUUGCUUCGAGAAUGCAACUUCCCCAGUAUUGCUGUUCACUCGCUCGUCAGCCAGGAAGAACGUAUCAAGCGGUACAAGGAGUUCAAGGAGUUCAACAAGAGAAUCUGCGUUGCCACAGAUGUGUUUGGACGUGGUAUUGAUAUCGAGCGAAUCAACCUUGCGAUCAACUACGAUCUUCCAGCUGAUGCUGAUUCAUAUCUUCAUCGCGUGGGUCGUGCAGGUCGAUUCGGUACCAAGGGCUUGAGUAUCUCGUUCGUCAGCAGCGAGACAGAUGAGUCUGUCAUCAAGCAGAUCGAAGAGCGCUUCCAGGCUCCGAUUCCACCUUACCCAGAAGGCGGCGUCGACUCUAGCACCUACAUGGCAUCUUAAGACAAGUCGGUUACCUACCGACCAUUGUUUCAUGGCUCGAACGAUGGGUCUGCCAUAGAAGGUUAUGGAAAUGGGAAAGGCCAGGUUGAAUUGAAAAGCUUAUUCAAUGUGACAACAGACAAAAAACUUGCAUAGGUAGCUCUGUUUUGGCAGACAAACUGAUUUGCAAAGUUGCAAAUCUGUAAGAAUGAAAUCAUCUAUAAAACCCAG